GACAGUUAAACAAACUACAGCAUCAUCCUGCGCCUUUGUUGUGAGGCGUUAGCAAGGCGACUAUUUAUCCUUCAGGAUAGCUAACCCGAUACAUCUUAUUAGAGGAAAACGUACAACUUGCGUGAAAUGAUUAGCGUUACGUUUUGACGUAACUGAAUCGUCCCGAAGUGGGAUCCCUAGUAGGUUAAGUUUCAGCCAAUAUUAGAGAAGAAGUUCGACGGAUCCGAGAGAGUCCACAUGUCUUCUGCAGCGGAGUCAGUGAAAAAUGCCUCCAUCGUUUCGGACAGUGGGGCCCAUGAUGGAAACCGCCUGUGGAUAGGCAACAUUGACCCCAAAAUUACUGAGUAUCACCUGGUGAAGUUGUUGGAGAGGUUUGGCAAUGUGAAACAGUUUGACUUCCUGUUCCAUAAGUCGGGGCCUUUGGAGGGACAGCCGCGGGGCUACUGCUUCGUCAACUUCAACACCAGAGAGGAGGCAGAGAGGGCGAUCCAGUGUUUGAAUGGGAAGCUAGCUCUGUCGAAGAAGCUGGUGGUGCGCUGGGCGCACGCACAGAGGUUUGAAGGUUUUCGCAAUGACAAAUCGAUGCCUCCGAGCCUGGAACCGUCGAGCAGCGGGGGAGCAGAGGAUGGAGCCGUGACCUCCAACCACCUCAGCACGAGUGCUAAAAUCCGCGCCAUCGAGGCCAAGCUCCAGAUGAUGGAGGAGAACCCGGAGGACGACUACUCGGGCCCGUCGGCCUACGUUUACAACAAGCCGCCAGAGAGGAAGCGCUGGGAGCCUUACUCCAAAUCACACCACAACAACCAGAGCAGGCCCUUCCGCAGGUUUAGGAGAUGACCCAUCAUCCAACUCAUUCUGGAGAGCCCCCCCCUUCCACCUACACACAAACAGACUCUACACAGGAUACUUUAAAGACUAUACACAUCUGGGAUUCAAAGGUUUUGACAAUGCUUUCAGAGACCCGACUCUUUGCGAGUACAGCAAUCACGGACAAAUACCUCAGUUAUUUUGGUUUUAUGGUUGUCUGUUAUUAUUUAGUUAUAACAUAUGGCACAUACUUGACCGAUGUGCAGGUUGGAACCCUUUUGUGUCUGCCUUCUCACUUUUGCAGAGAUGUAAUAUAGGUGGAACAGCUGUCAGUCACAUGAUGCACAGCUGCAGGGAAAAGAGAAAGGCUGUUAUUAAAGAGUCUGGAUGCCCAUCCUCUUAUUGUUGAUAUUAUUCAAAGGUGAACUUCACUGAAGAGGAUGAAACACACCGAUUCAUAACUUUUUUGUAUUAAUGGAGUUAAACUUACCUCCCCUUUCAAUUUUGAUAUGUCUGCUGUCGAUGUUUUUACUGGCUUUAUUUGUGUUGUGUGGAGUUUUGGGUAUUUACCAUGCCACCAUCUCAUUAUUUUAGUUUCACAAUUAAAGACAACGAAAUGUCAAAUGCGCGGCAUGUUUUAUGCAAUUUUCUAGGUUUCCUGCGUUGCUCGUAAAAUGAAGGCUUUGUUGGAAGCGUCAGAAUACUCUGGCCCACGCUGUAAAGCCGAUUGUUUCACAAUACGUUUGGUAAAUCAUCUGCAGAACAUUGAGGGGAGACGCCACUAAUUAAACCUAUUAAUCCACCAUUGGUUAAGAAAUGCAGUCCUGAAUUAUAACAGAUUUUCAGGUGUAACAGAGACUAGCACCGUUCUUACUUCUAAAAGUCCAAAUGUUUUCUGUAAUAACUGUUCCUCCCAUUUACUAUAACAUGCAAUGUGUUUCCAACCCCAGUAAUAUUUUAUUUCCCCCAGAUUGACUGUUUUUUCAUAUUUUUUUCUGAAGUCUACCAAAAUUUGCCAAAAGUAAUUUUAAUAGUUUGCAGGCCUUUUGCCUAUAUGGGUUUAAAGUGGAAGCAAAAAUCUUAACAUUUGGAUUGACUUCUCUGAAGCACUACUGUAAUUUGUUUUCCUGCAGGUGAGAUAAUAAAAGGCAAAAAGAAGAACAGAUUUUUUUUUAAAUUAAAUUUCACCCUGAAUGAGUUGGCAUUGAGAACAAAUUUUCCCGUUGAAGGUUCUCUCCAGAAUUGAAGUUGUAGAAGUCCUGGAGAUGACGUUGCAGCAUGCAGGAGAUCGGUGGACUUGAUUGUACAAGACGAGACAAGAAGCAGGGGAGCAGAAUUGUGUGCGCACGGAACCAAUCAGAUCCUACCUCUUGACAUCUGUCAGCAGUUCUUUAAAAUGUCUUCGUUAUUGUAAAAGCAAUAUUUCUGAUGGCCAUUAGAAGAGUUUGAUGUUUUCUUUCAAAUGUGCGUAUUUAUCUGUUUUAAAAUUAAAAGGUCGAUUCGUGCAAAUGUAUUUUUUUUACUUUAUUAAGAAUUGCAAAUGCAUUUCAAGGUUCUUAAUUAUUAUCUUAGGUCCGGAUUAUUUUGAUGGAUUUCUGAACAAUAUAUUUUCUUUUCAUUUCUAGAUCUUUGGGAUCGAUGAUCCCUUUCGCUAAAGGACUCGUUGAGUUGUUGUUUUCUCUUUCAAUGAUUUAGCAAUAUGUCAAAUUCACAAUUCGUCUGUUUCGGGGUAAUUUAGUUUGUCUCAAUAAAGUCAAAGCUAUCUGGUUUUUAAAUGUUUGACUACGUAAAUUAUAUAUAAAUCCAAAAUAUGUGGUUAUUCUUAUAGUUUUUAUGCCGUGUAAAUUAUUGUCGUCUAUACAUCCACAUUUACACAAUAUACGCAUUUCAAAUAUAUUUGAAUGAAUAUACUGAACGUGUUUUUUAAUUUUAUAUAACAAUAAAAAAGGAAAGUUUUAAAUGACGAAGAUGAGAACGAGCAGAUAAUAUAUGAUUACACCAUCGAUGGAUUCAAUCGCUUUUGUCACAACAUCCCUAGUUUCAUCGUGCCUACUUGGUUGUUUAUUGUGAGGCAAAUAAACGGCAAUGAAAUCACA